CACACAUGCACACCCUUACGCACACACAGCCACAUCUCCAAGCUCCCUCUCACACACACUGUUACACAUACACUACCAGGGGGAUUCCUCCGCCACUGCAGCCUCUGCUCCUGUCUCCACCUGGCUCCCAUCCUCACCGCUGGGGAGGUAAAAACCACCCGACAGCCACGGACAAACGCCGGGAGGCAACGCCACUGCAGCCUGGGAGGAUAGGCGCACAGCUGAGUUAGAGCGUGGAGUGAUGAAGUGAUGUAAGAGGAAGCUGCUCAGUUACUCCAGAUACCGGUCCUCUAAGCGCACGGUGCCAUGGCAGAGCGAUGCUUCCAGGGAGGCUGCAGGCUUCACACAUGUCUUUGACAGGGAAGGAUGCUGGAGUGCACAUGUGUUAGAUCCAGCAUGAGUUUUACUAACAGGCCACUUGUCUGAGUUCUUCUCUGACCCAUCAGAAGAGGCUAAAAGUACAAGAAAACAAGCAGCCGUUGAUCCAGAAAGGAUUCCUUUUCUAACCCUGUGUGUUCGGACCUCUGGGAGUUGAAGAAUCCAGCGAACGACUCGUUUUACACCCCGGACCCCCCCACUCACCUCUCAGCCUGCAGGAAGAUGGGAGUAAAAACAUAAAGCUGUUUGGAGUCAAGAGGAGCUCUUAAUGAAUUCCAGGGAAUCCUAAAACAAACAGCAUUUUUCAGUGACAGAAUUCAGCAGCCAUGUACUCAUUAGCUCUGACCAUCCGCCGUGUUUUGGCUGCUGCUCUGCUAUUGGCUGGCAGCCUGCAGUCAGCCAUUGAACCUGAGGAGGACGUCACGCCACGCAUCAGUUUUCCAUACAAUGCAAGGGAGAGAUCGGCCAAGAGAUUUUCAGUCGGUGGCGUCUUCAAUUACACCUCUCUGCUGCUCAGCCAGGAGGAUGACAUGCUGUACGUUGGAGCCAGGGAAGCGUUGUUUGCCCUCAGCCUCUCGGACAAGACCAAGCUGCAGAAGAACCUAACAUGGGGCACUCCUGCUGGAAAAAGAGAAGAGUGCAGCUUUAAAGGAAAAAACCUGGAGACCGAUUGCUUCAAUUACAUCAAAAUUCUCCUGCGGCUCAACAGCACUCAUCUCUAUGUGUGCGGUACCUACGCCUUCAGCCCCGUCUGUGCCUACAUAAACACGUCCACAUUUACACUGGUGAGAGACAAAGCGGGCGAGAUCGUGUCGGAAGACGGGCGCAGCCGCUGCCCUUUUAAUCCGGAGUACAAAUCCACCGCCAUCAUCGUGGAUGGGGAGCUUUACACCGGCACUGUCAGCAACUUCCAAGGGAACGAGCCUGUCAUUUACAAGAGUUUGGGUCAGGGAACGGCGCUGAAAACGGAAAACUCCUUAAAAUGGCUUCAAGAUCCGGUCUUUGUCGGGUCGGCUUACAUCGAGGAGAGUCAGCCGCCUGGAAACCGUGUGGGCGACGACGACAAGAUUUACUUCUUCUUCAGCGAGGCGGGGAAGGAGUUUGACUUCUUUGACAACACCAUCGUGUCGCGGAUCGCUCGCGUGUGUAAGGGGGACAAAGGAGGAGAGCGGGUGCUGCAGAAGAAGUGGACCACCUUCCUUAAGGCCCAGCUCCUGUGCUCCCUCCCCGACGACGGCUUCCCCUUCAACAUCAUCCAGGAUAUGUUUGUUCUGAAGCCAACAGGAGACAGCUGGGAGAGCACUGUCUUCUACGGCGUCUUCACUUCACAGUGGUAUAAAGGAGCGUCGGGCAGCUCGGCAGUGUGUGCCUUCAGCAUGGCUCAGGUGGAAGCGGCCUUCAGUGGCCGCUAUAGAGAAGUCAACAGGGAGAACCAGCUGUGGUACACUUACAACCACCCAGUACCGGAGCCACGGCCUGGGGCGUGUGUCACCAACCACGCCAGGCAAAUGGGCAUCCAGUCGUCCUUGCACAUGCCUGAUAAGGUCCUCAACUUCGUGAAGGACCACUUCCUGAUGGACAGUGUGAUCCGCAGUUCCCCCCUCCUGCUGAAACGCAGUGUCCGCUACACCCAGAUCGCCGUGCACAAGAUCCAAGGGAUAGAGAGAGCUUACGACGUUCUUUUUAUCGGAACAGAUGAUGGGAAGCUGCACAAGGCCAUCAAUGUUAACGAUAAGAUGCACAUCAUAGAGGAGAUGGUUCUGUUUGCAGAGCCGCAGCCCGUGCAGCACAUGGAGCUGGACUCUCAGCGGGGUCUGUUGUUCGUGUCGUCGUACUCGGGCCUGGUGGAGGUUCCCGUUGCUAACUGCUCCAACUACCUGAGCUGCGGUGAGUGCGUGUUGUCCAGAGAUCCCUACUGUGCCUGGUCAGGAUGGCUGUGCCGGGAUGUCAGGAUGGCCCCACCCGACAGCCACUGGCAGCAGGACGUGGAGGAGGCUGACACAUCAGCCAUUUGCAACUCCACCGCUCCCUUCCUCAGAUCUAGCAGACCAGCCGCUACUCGUGCAUCUCGUUGUAAGCUCAUUACAGUCCCGGCUAACACAUUUCGGGUCCUGCCCUGUAAGCUGCGCUCCAACUUGGCUCAGAGGAAGUGGCGCUACAGCGACGACGCCAGCCAGUUCCUCUACGCCACCCCAGAGGGGAACCUGGUGGUGGUGGCUCAGUCUGACAGGAUGGAAACCUACGAGUGCUGGUCUGAGGAGGAGGGCUUCCGCCAGCUGUUGGCUAACUACUGUGUGACAGCAGAGCCCCGCCAGGAAAGCAGCACUCUGAUUGGUCACUCGCGUACGCCUCACGUUGCGCAGGAGGAAACGAUGAUUCUGCCCGGCGAGUCUCGCUCUGAUCCCACAAAGACGUACUGGAACGAGCUGAUCGUGGUGUGUGCUCUUUUGGCGUUCUCCCUCGUCGUGUUCUCCUUGUUCGUCGUCUACAGGAACCGUGAUCAUAUGAAAUCCAUGUUGAAGCAAGGAGAGUGCCCCAACAUGCAGCAGAAGAAACCCAGGAUAGUUGGAAAGCCCACGGAGAGCUUACCCCUAAAUGGGAACACCAUCCCUGUUUCCACCUCAGAUCACAAGGGCUACCAGACGUUAAACGACAACUACAUCUGCAGCACGCCCACUCACGAGUCCUCGCCGGAAAACAGCAAGAGCUUCUCCGAGGCCUCCGACAGGCGGCCGCUCAACGUAAAGGAGAGCCAUGUGGAGUACUCGCCGACCUGCCCGCGGCCCCGAGUGAGGCUGGGCUCGGAGAUCAAGGACUCCAUCGUAUGAGGAGCGCAGCGUCUCCGAAACAGCAUUUCCAUGAACGAUGUGGUUCCCAAAGGGAGGGAGAGGAAACCCCGACUUCCACCUACAUCACAGCACAUCUUAUUUUUAGUCAUCUUGGUUCUGUGAUCAGUGCAGAGGUCAUUUCGUUUUACCAUUUCCACUCCGAAGCCAGAGGUUGGUCUGGUUUGCUCCAGCGUUGGAGCAGAGGGUGCAGCAUAAACUCUCCUGUUUUGACCAGGAUACCGAACCAUGGCAGCUGCUAAGAUGAGCUAUCAUCGUUUCUGUCUUAUUUGAGCCGUUCGGAUGGACACCAAGACAUUAUGCGAGUGUGUGUAUGCUAAGGAGCCAAGAAAUAAAUACAGCGCAAUGUUAAAAAAAAAAAAAAAAAAACAUUUACCUAUAUCAGUAUGUUGGUAUGCAAUGAAUUAACUGCCGAGCCUGGAUGUCAGAUCAUUGAUAGUCGUCCUGCCAUGAAUGAGUAUCCUGCACAUUUUUUGUGCACAAUACACAGAACCAAGCUACAGCUACCCAGAGUUCAGGGUAACACGAAUAUUCUUAAAGUCAUUCAUUUUCAUCAAGCCCAUCGCAUUGUUCCCUUGAUCCUGAGAAAACGUGUGCUGGAAAGGUCUUGCCCUGACUCCGAAACACUGUCAUUUACCUCCUGAAUGUACGCUGUCGUCAAGAUUGUCCGCUUUGCAGAAAAUGUCACCGCCGAAAACCUUCUUAUUUGAGACGAUCGGUCUUAACCGUACUAAGCUGAAGGUGCCCCUACGGGUUGAUAAAUGGACCUAGAUGCUCGUUUCUUUUCAAGCAGAUGUGAAAGAGACUUCAUUCACACUGCAGAUCAGAGAGGCUGGUGGUAAAACAAGAGGGGGAACAUCUCUAUCUCUCCACACAUUCAGGGCAACUUUGAAACCAUCAUGUACUGUGCCAAAAAAA